UUUCUCACGCCUCUUCCAAUUGGGAAUACAUUCCUUCUCCUCCGAGUUCUAAGUUUCUGCUAAUCGAUUCGUACAAUCACUAAAUCAGCGUCGCAAUGGAGGAAGCUCAGCGCUGGACCGUAACUUACACCAACCACGUUAAGCAGAAGCGGAAAGUUUAUCACGACGGCUUUCUAGUGGUUCAACCAUCUCCCAAAAAGUUCAUGCUGUAUGAUGAAUGGGACAAGCUCUUGGAGACUAGGUUUGUGAAGAAAGAUGAUCUCAUCACAUGUGGUGGGACUAUCACAUUUGAUUCUUACCUUGUUGAUAUUGGUGAGCUAUGUCAAAGCCAUCGACCUACAUCUAUUAUGAACUCUCAAGAUCAGGAUGAGAAAGUUGCAGAAACAUCUAGUUCGUAUUACAGCUACAAUUCCCAAAAUUGGAAGCCUAUGGCAGGGAAAAGAAAAGGACGAGUAGUUAACAUAAGCCCAUCACAGAAACUGAUCAGAGAUUUCAAGAAAAGUGAAGUGAAUAAGUUUGGUUCCUCACCAAAUUGUAUAGAUAUGACAAAACUGAGUACAGAAGACUGGCAGGUCUUGUACACAACACAAAUAACACAAAAGGCAAAAAAGUUUCAUGAUGGCUUUCUUCAACUGAUAAUUCGUGGAUCACAAGGGAGGCAGGUUAAGUUGUAUGAUACAAACAGGAGACACCUAGAUGGCAGGUUUCUGAAAAAGGAUGAAAAAAUUUGUUCCGGCGAAUCACUAGUUUUGGAUAGUUAUUUAGUAGAGAUUGGAGAGCAGGAAGAAGAUCAAAAUCCUCCAGCUGACUCAAAAGUUCUAGGAACAAGCUGCGGAGUAGCUGGAAAAAGUAAUGUCGUUGAUUACUUAACUAAAACUCCGAGUAUUACAGAAUUCGAUGCUGUAAAAUCAGCAGGUGGUAACGCUCCAGGGGCACUUACUAAAUUAAGUGAUCCAAGCUACAAGUCUGAAAAUGCCAAAUUAAGUGGGGGAGGUGUUGAACCUAAACGUUCUGUCUAUGAUAUAAUGUCCAGUCUCAGACAACCAAGUGAGCGGAAGGUUGUCUCUGUGAAUAAGCCUUUCACUGAGGAGAACUAUGUCAAAUUCUCCAGAGUUUCUGUCUGUACCAAUAAUCAUGUACAAGAGCAAAAAUGCAGUGGAACGGAAAGACAGGAAUUGAGACAAAAGGGAUCAGAGCAUGAUGGCAUGAUUAAGGUUAUAAAAUCUGAAGCUGUUGAAGUAAUAAAAACUGAAGAGUAUGCAAUUCCAGAAGAUGGAAGAGUACCUCAAGCUAGAUCUUCUAGUUUUCAUCUUAGACCACGAACAGUGAACUUUAUAUCUCCUAUCCAUGAUGUGCAUUCUUCUUCUAUGGAGUCUCAUGCAGAAGUGGCUGUUACAGUGACUGCUGAUAUCCAAAAGGAAGUCGAAUCUGAUUCUCUCACCAGAAAAUACAAUAAUCAAGAAAUGCAAAUCAGAUUUCCAUGUGAAGAGGUCGUAACUGGAUCAAAUGCUGCUCUAGAAAAUGGUUCGAGCUCCAGUAAAUCACCUGAGCUGCAGGAAGACAAGAAGGGAAGUAGUUCUAGAUGCAAUAAUGAUCUCAAAGAGACAAGCCUCCAGACAAAGGAUAUGGAUGAGAUCCCAAGUUUUGAUCUUGGAUUUUGAGAGGAACCUUGACAGAAUUGUGUGCCGUAGAGCUUGAUAUCUUAUCAUCAUAAUCGACUAAUCGUCUAAUACAAUCGUAAGUUACUGAUGAAGCAUACUGAUAUUUGGCCUUGAAGCGUUUAAUCAUCACUAUUACCGUUAUAAUAUCCAAGGUCUAAGCUGCAAAUU